CUAGCUGUCAUUUCACUGUCAAGCAAAAGAGCUGCAUAUUCGAGGAAAAGAAACACAAUUUGGUUAGUGGAAAUUAGAGAAGUGCAACAAUUUUGGUGCAUUUUUUGUAAUUUAUACAUUGCUUAAGUGUUCUGUGGUCGCCAAGAACGAUUGCAAUCCCAUAUUUUACACGGGUCAACCCUCCCCGUAUGCUAGGAAUCGUCGGUGUUCAUCUCUGUCGUUGUUGCCUUCGCAAUCAUUAGUCACGUCAAAAUAUUUCCUUAUUUUCAUUUUUUUCCUUUUAUCGUGCUUUACUUUCUCUGGUUCGGGUGCUUUAUCGGAACUGGCCAGAGAGUAUUGCGGAAAACAGAUUACACGCACGUCGCCGAUAGCUCAGCGGUGUGAAAAUAAAAGUGAACUGAUCUGCAAGUUGCGUGAUUUCUUCAUCUUCGCACACGGAAAUAUCGUGACUGUUUGAGCUAAAUUCUUAGAUAGAAUCGUGCAGAACACACUGUCUGACCUAGAAGAACUGUACCUGUCCUCGAUUUUUUCCGUUGCUUGUGCCUCUGAGUGGGAUUGGUGGUGCGAGCGUGUUUACGUGUAUUUAGCUAAUCAUCUUCGUUCGAAAGAGUCUGUGAUACGGAAGUGACGCAUACAGUAUGACGGAUCAACAAAUGGAUUGUGCCCUGGAUCUGAUGCGGCGCCUUCCUCCACAACAGAUUGAGAAGAAUCUUAUCGAUCUGAUCGAUUUGGCACCGGCACUAUGUGAGGAUCUGCUGACAUCCGUGGAUCAACCGCUGAAGAUAGCGAAGGAUAAGGAAACGGGCAAAGACUAUCUGCUGUGUGAUUACAAUCGCGACGGUGACUCCUACCGUUCGCCCUGGUCGAACACGUACGAUCCGCCACUGGAAGAUGGUUCGAUGCCAUCGGAACGGCUCCGCAAGCUGGAAAUCGAAGCAAACCUUGCGUUCGAUCAGUACCGCGAGAUGUACUACGAGGGCGGCGUGUCGUCAGCCUACCUGUGGGAUCUUGAUCAUGGAUUUGCUGGUGUGAUUCUGAUCAAAAAAGCCGGCGAAGGCAACCAGAAGACGAAGGGUUGCUGGGAUUCAAUACAUGUCGUCGAGGUGCAGGAAAAGAGUUCCGGGCGAACGGCGCACUACAAGCUAACGUCGACCGCUAUGCUGUGGCUGCAGACUAACAGACAGGGCUCCGGUACGAUCAACCUUGGUGGAAGCCUCACCAGACAGAUCGAACAAGAUGCCCCUGUGAGCGAAUCCAGCCCGCAUAUUGCCAACAUCGGCCGUAUUGUCGAAGACAUGGAGAAUAAGAUACGUAACACGCUAAACGAGAUUUACUUCGGCAAAACGAAGGACAUCGUAAACGGGCUGCGAAGUAUUCAGUCGCUGGCCGACACAAAUCAGCAGGCGACGUUGAAGAAGGAUCUAGCGGCAGCGCUGCUACGGCGAACUGGCAAGAGCGAGAACUGAACGCGCGCCAGUUGAUCAUCCUCCGGCCCUCCCAUAGCUCGACGAACUCCAACAGUAUCAGCAGCCAACAACACCACAGCAUCAUCACCAGCACCAUCAUCGUCAUCGCCGUCGGUCGUUGUGUUUAUCGAGGCAUUUUCAUCAUAUAUACAUUUUUGGUUUGCCUAUUAGUUUACCAAUGGCGGUGUAAUGUGAAAUCGCUCUUAUUAGGAUAGAAAGAUAAAUGAAAACAGACAUUUGCACAAUCCAAACAUAAGCAUUCGGGACUAGGGAAGCUCGAAACGAUUAUGGCCGCAUGUCACGAACAUGGAAGAUUCAAGGGCUACGUUGGUUUACAGUGUAAGACGGCGGAAACUAGAACAGGGCCAAUGAGCAAUUCUGCAUUUGCUUCGAAAACAAAAACCUGCACCGGAAACGAGUGUUGUUCAGUUAAAGCCGAGUGCACGUAGGAAAAUCUGUUUUACCGACAACUUAACGCCCUCUUUAUUACAAUUAACGUAGUUUACUAAUAGCUUAAAUGAAAGAGUUGGCUAAUGCAUUCGGUGUAGCAAGUCCGUACAGGUUAAAUUCUUCAGCGUGUUACAACUAGCAUCUUUCCAUGCUAUCCGUUCAAUCGAGAAACGGAUACGGCAACAUCAUAGGACACCAGAGGACUUCCUUGUAGCUUACAAUCGCCCUAUCAUCGUUCGCCCUCCAGGUGGUUCAUUUUUUCAUGUCUUAUUUUUGCGCGCUAGGCGCAGUACGUUGGAGGUUCUUUUUUAUGUACUUUUGCACCCAUGAAGCAGACGAGUGUAUUAAGUGUGCAUGUCGUCGAGCCCGGGGGCUGACACGAUUGACCGAACUUUCCCCAUCCCAUCAUUAUGUAAAUCCGUUCGGUUAAUGUCCUCUAAGAAUAGCGCAGUCCUUAGCAGAAGGACAAGAAGAGGAUCCGUAGGCGUCAGUAGUAACGAUGGUACUGUGGGAAAAUAAUUUUUAUAUUUAAACGAAAUGAGCAAAUGUACGAAAUAGAACGGUUCACACGAAAAAACCAAUAAAACUAAAUUCAAAACCAA